AGACUAUCAUCAUACUGUGCAGAGAAGGGAAGGACAGGCCGGCCCAUCUGAUACCAUCGACUGUGGUCCGCGUUUAAACGGGGGCCUUGUCCUUCCGCUCCGGCUUAUAGCUUCUACGACUAGAUCUGUUUAGCGCCAUGUCGUCCACCGCGACCAUGACAUCCACAAGCACACGCGCAGAGACCCGAGCCCGAAUACUCACAACGCGACCAGUGCCGGUGGAAGAGCCUCUCCCGCCUCUCGUCCCGCCACCGUGGUCGCUUAAAGAGGUCCGAGACCAGAUUCCCUCACACCUCUUCGAGCGCAACACUGCGAAAGCCCUCGCGUACGCCGCGCGCGACCUCGCCCUCGCUGCCGCGCUCUUCGCGCUGGCGCUCCGCAUAGACUGGCUCUGUGCGCACCCCGCGCUCGCGCUCGGCCCAAUAUCGAGUCUGGUGCUGCGCUGCGCGUGCUGGCUCACCUAUUGGUGGUUCCAGGGCCUCGUGUUCACGGGGAUCUGGGUCAUUGGGCACGAAUGCGGCCACGGCGCGUUCUCCCCCAACGCUACGCUCUGCAACGUCAUCGGCUUCACGCUGCACAGCCUGCUCUGGACGCCGUACUUCAGCUGGAAGUACGGGCACCACCGGCACCACAGCAACCACGCGUCGCUCGAGCGCGACGAGGUGUACGUCCCGCGCACGCGCGCCGACCUCGGCAUCCCCCCUCCUCGCGCCAGUGGGGAGACGAGCGCGGAGCACAAAGAGGGCGAGAUCGACUGGGACGAGUACUUUGGGGACACGCCGGCGUACACGCUGUUCGAGCUCGUGAGGCAGCAGCUGUUCGCGUUCGAGGCGUACCUGCUGUGGAACGUGUCGGGCCAGAAACACUAUCCGAAGUGGACGAACCAUUUUGACCCGAACUCAAUCAUCUUCGACCCCUCCCAGCGCCCCGCCGUCCUCCUCUCCAAUCUCGGGCUCAUCCUCGCCGGCACGCUCCUCUACUUCGCCUGCUCCCGCUAUGGGGCGCUGCGCGUCGCGGCGCUGUACGGCGUGCCGUGGGUCGCCGUGACGCACUGGUUCGUGAUGAUCACGUACCUGCACCACACGGACCCCGCUCUGCCGCAUUAUAGGAGUGCGGCGUGGAGCUUCGCGCGCGGGGCGGCGGCGACGGUCGAUCGCGACUUUUUGGGGUGGAUGGGGCGCUUCUUUCUCCACGACGUCGCACACUACCACGUCGUGCACCACUUCUUCCCGCGCAUGCCGUGGUACAGCGGCGAAGAGGCGACGGCGCACCUCGCGCGCGCGCUGGGCCCGUACUACCGCCGCUCGUCAAAGCCGGCGUUCCGCGCGCUGUGGGAUAACUACAAUUUCUGCCAGUUUGUCGACGAUGAUGGCGAUAUGGUGUUUUACCGCGAUCGGAGGGGGAAGACGAUCGUGGACUAUGUGGAGAAGCACGAGCAGACAGAGGAGACGUCGAGUUAGGGCGCGUCAUGCUUGGGGAUUACGAGUGUUGUAUAGAUACCGCCAUGUUAUGUACCGGGUGGACUCUGGAUAUUGCGUUUUUAUUGUAGGAUACCAACUUGAC